AUGGCCCUCAUCAGCGUUAUUGGCAUGAUCUUCCCAUUGCAAACACAAACAGUGUCGGGCACCCAAUUCCUUGCCCGUCGAUAUGUCCUUACUCAAGACAGCUGUCGAGUCAGUGUUGUGAAGGCCACACUAUCAUUCGAUAGCUUUGAGUUUCUUAGACUGCAAGCCUGCGGACUCUGCCAGCAUAUGCAUGAUCACUACAGCAUGUAUGCCUCUUUCUUCACCUGCGAACUCGAUAGGGUUGAUGCAGCCACUAUGGAGACCAUGCGACAAAGUAGACACUUGGUCGGAUAUCAUUCGAGCAAAGGAUGGGUCCCCAAACUUGGUACAUGGGGUCUCACCGCCAUGCUGAUACUAUACUAUACGAUUGGGAACGGCAACCCCCCCCCGGUGGUGGGAAAAACUCCUUGUCGGGUGACAGCCGCGCGAAGCAAAGCUAAAAAUCCCCAAGAAGGCAACAGGGAGCAUCUGAUGGUGUUACAGAAGCCACCAGAAGCAUGCUUCGAGACCGCAAAGACCGCUGGCCAAGGAUGGUCAAGUGUUCUUGCCAGAUUGCUUUAUGGGGAGGAGAAGGGGGCUGUGGGUGUGAAGACGUACUACGGAGUACGUCCUCUCCAUACCAAGAUUAAAAUUCCCACCGGGAACCAAACAAGCGAGCGAGCCAUCACAAGAAACACCCCCAUUCCGCGCUCUAGGCGGAAAGAAUGGAAAGUUUUCAUUCAUGGGUUUGCCCUUCCCAGCCCACUUGAAUGGAGGAUCGAGGAUGAUCCUGAAGGAGGAGAUGAUGGAGUGAGGAGGGGACACAAACGGGCGGAUGAGUGCCCAAAGCCACCACACAUUCCUGCCCAACCUGCAGUGUCCACCCCGCGCGCCAAUUUGACUGGCUGUGACAAGGGCGGGUACCAGAUGCGACCGAUUUGUGAGAGAAAAACCCUUGUCUGGGCUACGGAGGACUCCGUGCCUAGCCCUCUACGACUAACGAUGGACCCCCUCCAUCAAGCCGAUCAAGCUGGGGGUGAUUUCGUAAGGCAGGCAGCCGCUAGCGCACAAAGCAAUAGCGCCCACAAUGAUUUUCGACUGCAGCCUUCUGCCAUCACUGUCACCGCAUUAAACAACAUGGAUGCACAGUUCACUAUAAUUGUGCCGGUACUCCGUCCUCCGCACCACUGGGAACCGACGAGAGCCGGGGGAGCCGUUGAAAUAACUGCAAGGUUCCUCUUCUCCGUCGUGCAUCCAUCUGAGUACCGUAGAGCGGCUAUCCAUGGAUCCAUAGCCGGAUACCCAAACGGGCAGAAUUUCUCCGCGGUUCAAUCAACCGUGGCUCGUGAUUCUUCGGGAAUAUGUAGAAGUCUAAGUAAACAGGGAAUCUUUUUAAGUACCCAACUAUGGGACUGA